GGACUGUCCACGACAUCAACCAGCAGCCUACGUAAUCACUAACGCCAGGUGAUAUAUCAGUGUACCAAAGGCCAAACACCACUCUGAAUCGAAUCUCUGUUAUCCUUGUCACUGACAACAAGCUGCCCAAAACCAUGUCCACCACACGAGAAAAGCUCCUCGCAACAACCACCAAGUUUGUCUCAGCGUUCGGGUCCUUUGACAUAGAGGAAAUGCUCAAUAUUCGCACGCCAACAUGCCUCUACCACCAGUGCUGCCCCAGCUUCGACAAAAACGUCGUAACGAACGAGGAAACCCGUGCAAGCUUCCCGCAGUUCAUCGCUACUUUCAAACGAUUUGACUUUUCCAUCCUCGAACCAGACCAUACCCUUGUCGACGAGGCUGCCAGGAAAGUGAUGAUCCGCGCUAAGACUUCCGCAGAAAGCAUUGUUGGAGCCUAUGAGAAUGAGUAUAUCUUUAUUCUGAAGAUGACGGACGACUGUAGGCUUAUCGAGGAGAUCCACGAGUUCUAUGAUACGAUAAGGCUUAAGGAUCUCCAACACCGGUUAGAGGCGAACCGUAUCUCUUUCGGGGAUGCUGCGCCCUUUUAAGACCAGGGCUACUCAGUUAUGAGAGAUUACAUUAUCUGGAAGGGGGCCCAUAAGCAUCGACAGAUGAUCAGGAUUAGGGUUCCUCUGUAAAGUUAUUGGAGAGAUGGAUAGGGAAUGCGAACAUCAGAACCUUAGGUUGGAUGCAUUUGGCAGGAUGACUUGAUUCAUGCCGCGCGAAGACCACUGUACUCAUCCUCUUACCCUCUCUAGCUCUAUUACUUAACUUUGAGCAUAACAACAGCGUGCACCAG